UUUGCAUGCAGCCCGACAGCGGAGGCUGACUGCGGUGGGAUGGGCUGUGAGGUGUUCAAGAUGGCGGCGCCCUGUGGAGUGCAGCUACUCUAACAGAGGUGCCUGGAGACUGUAUUGGUGGGUGGCCCCAGGAGUCCUCCAGGCAGGCAGGGACGGACACCGUGAGAGAGACGCUACCUCCACCUCCAGCACUGCCACCACCAUGGCCAGGGAGCAGCCCAACGUGGGGGACCUCCUCCCGCUUCUUGAGACCUCCGACCUCCACCAGCUAGAAGAGAUCAGAGGCCUCAUCAACGAGCAGCUCAGCAGUGAGCGAGGGUCCAUGCUGCUGAACGGGCUAGUGGACUACUUUUUGGAAACAAACUCUGCCCAGGCCAUGCAUAUCCUCUCCUCAGUCAGAGAGCCACACGAUAAGCACCUUCUGGACAAGAUGAAUGAGUGUAUGACCAAACAGGCCUGCCGGCUGCCCACCCUCACCCUGCUCGGCCAUGUAAUCCGCAAGCAGCCGUCCUGGAUCCACAAGAUCGCUCGAUACCCUCUGCUGCUGUCGCUGCUCAAAUGCCUGAAGACGGACACGGACGUAGUGGUGCUGAUAACCGGAGUGCUGGUGCUGAUUACCCUGCUACCCAUGAUCCCUCAAGCUGGGAAACAACACCUGUGGGAGUAUUUCGACAUCUUCGGCCGCCUGGCAUCUUGGAACCUAAAGAAUCCCGGACACGUUUCAGAGGUUUAUCUAAUCCACCUGCACGCCAGCGUCUACUCACUCUUCCACCGACUCUACGGCAUGUACCCUUGCAACUUUGUGUCGUACCUGCGCUCCCAUUACAGCAUGAAGGAAAACAUGGAGACUUUUGAGGAAGUAGUGAAGCCGAUGCUUGAACACGUUCGUAUUCACCCAGAACUGGUGACAGGAACCAAGGACCAUGAGCUUGACCCCACCAGGUGGAAAAAGUAUGAAAUCCACGAUAUCGUCAUCGAAUGUGCCAAAGUGUCUCUAGACCCUAAGGAGGCCUCCUGUGAGGAGGGCUACGCCACCAUGCCUGAGAACUUUUACCCCCAAGUCCACCUGCGACCACAAGACUGCACUUCCAGCCCCUACACAGACCUCCACAGCAGCUACGGAAGCUCUUCUUCGACCCCAUUCUCAACUCCACGGCAGCCGCUACCCCCACCUCUGUCCUUGCCCCCCUUCUCAGGGACACAGACCUCCUACCGCAGCCCACAGACCUCCAGACGGCAGAACUCCACCUGUGAACUCAACUCUUCCUGUGGGGGUAAGGACCCUCUGUGGAGCCCCUCCUCGUUGUGUGGCAUGGCCACGCCCCCUUCCUCCAGGGGCAUGUCGCCCAAUUUAGAGCUCUCCCACAGUGCCUCACACCUUCCCAGCCGCUUCCACUGCACAUCAGGAGGAAAAGGAACGCCUGCCUCCAGCACUCCAGCCACCUCCUCCCCGCCUCCCACGCUAUCAGAUGACUUCCCCAUAAUCUCCUUACCAGCCAACACAGUCCAGUCCAGUCCACCAAGAAAGGAUCGUCGACAAGCAGAGAGCAGUAAGCCUGCGCUGGUGAGACAGGAGCCAGUGAAAGAUACAGACAAGAGUGCAGAAGGAGCCCCGAACAGAGAUGCAGGAGCUGCUGAGAACGUCUCCAUGACUCUGACAGAGCUGUCUGUCUUCAUGAAGAAACAGGAGCUGGAGCUUCAGCUGAGAACAGAGAAAGAGAGGGAAGAGGCUGCCAUCACAGAGGAGCUGCUGAAGAUCACGGAAGAUAAGCAGGAGCUGUCGGGCCUGAGGGGCUUCGACUCGCCUUUCUAUCGUACCACCGAGACUCUGACUGGCGGUCAGGCACAAGACAAGACCCUCUCCAGCGCCCAGCCUGGAGGUUCAGUCAGAGACACCCACCGUGUUGUCUCAACGCCAGACAAAGGGGAGACCACUGCGAGCACCAGUGGUGUUGGGAGCGAAAGAGGAGGUGGAGGAGCAGGAGACAGCAGGAGCUCAGCCCUCGAGCAGUCCUGGUCCUUCCAUUCUGGCUUCACCCCCAUCGAUCACCACCUGCACCGCAGCCCCUCUGCCCCGGACGACGAGGUGGGCAAGUUUGGGAUGUUCUCCCCGAGCCCGUGCAGCAAGACCCCCGCCCCUGUGCCCUACGAGUCAUUUUUUGACCUGGCUCUGCCCAGGGCGGCCUCGCUCUUCGUGGGCCAGAAGACGUCGGAGGCGGUGCACAAGGCGGCGAUGGAAAGGCUGUCGCAGCAGGAGGAGGGGUUGGAGGACGGGGAGGAGGAAGGGGUAGUGUCUGCUUCACCACUGGAGGUGCUGGAUCGCCUUGUUCAGCAGGGGAGCGACGCCCAUGACAGAGUUCUCAAGAGAUUACCGUUGCCAAGUAAGUCAGCUGACUGGACGCACUUUGGAGGCUCAGCUCCGCUGGACGAGCUUCACACGCUGCGCAGCCAGCUGCUCCUGCUGCACAACCAGCUGCUAUACGAGCGCUACAAGAGGGAGCAGCACGCCGUCCGCAACCGACGCCUCCUCCGACGCAUCAUCAACGCCACUGCACUGGAGGAGCAGAACAACGCUAUGAAGGACCAGCUGAACCUGCAGAGUGUGGACAUUGUGUCUCUGAGGGAGAGUCUGCAGGUGGAGCAGCAGCGGUACAGGCAGCUGUGGGACGACCGGGAGACGGUGGUGACCAGGCUGCACAGUCAGAUCAGACAGCUGCAGCAGGGGAGAGACGACUACUACACCAAGAACCAGGAGCUCCAGAGCAAGUUGCAGGAGUGUCAGAAAAGGAUGGACGAACUGGAGGCGGAGCUUCAGAGGGCCAACAACAAGGUCUGCCACACUGGUCACCUCCUCAACCAGAUGACUAUCAAGCUGAGCAACAGCGAGAGCACCCAGCAGCAGAUGAGCUUCCUGAACAAGCAGCUGCUGCUCCUCGGGGAGGCGCAUAAGCUGUCCAUGCAGGAGUUACACCACACAGGCACCGAUAAUACAAAGGAGGCCCAGAUGCUGAAGGUGUCUUACGGGAAAGAGGUGGAGACGCUGAGGCAGAGCCUGCUGGUUCAGGGUCAGAAACUGGAGGCAGCGCAGCAGCGAGUCGCCGAGCUGGAGACGCACCUCUCCAAGAAGGAACACCUCAUCGCAGAGCAGAAGAAGUUUCUGGAAGAUGUGAAGUGUCAAGCGAAGGCGGAGCUGCAGGCCUCAGACAGCAGAUAUCAGGCCCAGAGGAGAAUCACUCAGCUGCUGCAGACUGAACUCCUGCAGCUCUACAGCAGAGUGGAGAUGGAGGCUCCUGCCAGCAACGCCACUAGUUCACCACCAGGGGGCAGAGCUGACCAACACACUCGUGCUGACUCCAGUAUCAUGGUUCCAGAUGGACCAAGUAAAACUCACACCAACGAGGAGGUGGACAUCAGACCACCACACGAUUCCCCCAGGGGCAACGGCAGCACUUUAUCACCACGGCAACUAAAAGCGAGCAACUCUUCCAAGACAGCAGCCAACUCCAUCAAUGGCAGCCAGGACGUGGCCCCACCCCUGCUGGUGGAGCCUUCUCUGUCCUGUCCCUACGCUAACCCGCUCGCUCCCCUGCCCCCCUCGGAUGCGCCGCUCACUGUGGGCUCCUACCCCAGCGCCAAGAGCUUCCUGGGCAUGAGGGCUCGUGAGCUGUUCCGCAACAAGAGCGAGAGCCAGUGCGAUGAGGAGCAACCGCCGACGCGCUUGGCCGGACUUGCCCACGGCCUGAAGACUGAGCUGUGCGUGGAACCGCCCUGCCCAGGUUAUAUCGCCUCCGCUGGCCCUGCACCCUCCCCCAUCCUGACUCCGCCCCCUCCCCAAGCCCACGCCACCGCCUCUCCACUUACUGUGCCCACUAAGGAGCCCCCCUCUGAGUCCAAGCAGCGGGCCUCCAGCCAGGAAAGCCCCCGCAGGAGAGCAGGGGCAGGUGGAGGGCGGGGUCAGGCGGGGUCAGGGCGUCCCCGGCAGCAGCAGCUAAAGAUCAUGGACUAUAAUGAGACACAUCACGAGCACAGUUAGAGACACAGAACUGAGCCGGGAUGCAGGGCGGAGGUUGAAAGACUGAAGUUUAACGAUGAAGAAGAGCUACAAAUCAGCAAAAGAGUUAAUGUCAGCAACUCUUUGGAAUUCAGUGUUAUUUGUUCCAUUCCUCUGAGUGGACAACAGGAUUUCCCACAAUGCUUUUCAACUUUUUUUUUUUUCUUCUUAUACUGAAUCAUUCCCCUGAAGAAUUUUGACAAGGUUACUGGGAUACAAAGUCCAUGUGUUACUACUGGUCUUAUGAAUUUGUUUUUGAGAGAAAGAUGCUCAAAGAAAUGCCAGCAGUGAUCGAAGUUAUCAAUAACUUCCAUUUGACAUUGUGAGUCUGACGUUUAAAGGGUCAGUUCACGCAAACUGCAAAAAUCCCACUUGGCUCCAAUUGUAUAAGGCCAGUCAAGCUCUAAUUAGUCCAAAUUUUAGAUACCUAUCUCGAAGAUUUCUGCCUUUACAGCCAACACAAUUGAAGUGAGUGGCAUUUUGUUUGUGGUACUCACAAGCAUUGAAAGAUCACGUUUCAGCAGCAACAUGUCUUCUGAAAUAGUGUCACAAGGCGUGUUUCCAUCUGUCUGUUUUAAGGUGUAUUUCCAAUUUGCACUAAAAAAAACCCUGAGUGGAAAUGGCCAAAUUUUCCAAACUUUGCAAAAAAGUUCUUAUGCUUGGGUGAGGUGGAAGAGUUGCUGGUAAAUGCUACUAAGAUUUAGCAAAUUAAAGAUGAGGUACAGUCAUGGGCCGUCAUUGCACAGGCCACUGCAGGCUCUCUUCAUCGUCUCUAGAUGGAAAUUAAAAUUUGCUUAACAUUCCCAUGGAAACCCAGAUAAAGUUCCUGUCUGAGUUUUAGCCCCUUUAAAAAGAGUUACAGAGAGGUCUGUGGAUUAUCCAGAAAAAUGUGGACACCGUUUGUGUUCAUUUUCGUUGACGAUGCGAGCACCACAAAUUAAAUUUUGCCUGUCGAGACAGAAAUGACAAAUACAACCUAAACUUUUUGCUCUAGUCAGCACCACUGGAGCUACGAGAGAAAAUGCCGGGUUCUUUAGUAAUUUUGAUGAACUGAUGCCUUACAAACAAAUAAGAUCUUAAAAAACACCAGAGGAGCAUGAGAUGGAAUUUGUCAUGAUCAUCUGUUCGGCGCGUUUUGACGUUGACCGCAGACUGAAAUAUGUUUUUGAUAUCAGAGUGCAUGUUGAGUGUAAGAUCGGAGCAGUGAAGGUGGUCGGUACGUAGAGACGGCUGGUUUGUUCUGAGGAAACCUGAAAGUGGACCAGAUUGUUAACUAACAUUUCCAUAUGAGACUCCAUUGAGUUUUUGUCUGGGGGAGAGUGUGUUUUGUUUGAGAAUGUGCAGGCGUGCAGGUGAGGAUGUCAUGUUGGUUCUCAUAUUUCAGCAAAGAUGCAAUGAGGAAAAAGUGUAUGAAAUUUUGAGACUGAUGAAAUUGUAUGCAUUUUUAUGAAUUCCACUUUCUGUUGUAGCUUUUUAUUUUUUAUUUAUUCAGCCAUGAAGGGUGCUCACAAGUACAUAUCCUAAAUUUGAACCAGACCUGGCAGGUGACACAAGCCCAAGUUGUAAAAAUCUUUUUUUUUCUGCUCAAGGUGACCAGCUAAUCAAAUUGACGUGCCAUGAAACAUUUUUUUUGUUAUGGCUGAAUUCAGACAACUCUUAACAGAAGUGUUGUUGUUGAAGCAGAACCAGAAACAUCUUGUCCAAUCACAUUCCUUUCUGCAGGUCUGAUAAACAGGGAGUUACCUUGUUUUUUUUUCCUGAGUAUUAGAAGAAACUCCGGUAUCAAAAGUCGUCUAAAUCCUGUUGUCCACCGGGAACUCCUGCUGUCACUUCCUUUUGCCUCGCUAUCUAAAGCAUGUUCAACAAUCCACUUUAAAUGCCAACCGUAGUAACUACCGCAAACCAAGACAGAAGGUACAAUCAGCACAAACUGAAGAAACCAGGACUCUGACCAGAGCUGGAGAAUCUGGGAUAUAAUGGCAAAAAAGGAAGUUCUUAAAGCAGUGGCUUGUGUUUAACUGUGAACAAUAAAGAUCGUCUUCAAUGUUUUGCACUACAA